AACUUGCUAGCAUUCGUGCGCAUGUGCACAAAAUCUGCCCUUCUGGUAACUCUAAUCUGACGUGUAGCAAAUUGCAUCAUAGGUUAAGUCGGAACGUUGUAUUGUAUUCGGAUCUUUUUUUUUCUUGUUGAAACAUCACGAAACAUUAUGCUCGAUCUUUUCACGAUAUUCAGCAAAGGUGGUAUAGUCCUCUGGUGUUUUCAGAGUACGUCUCAGAUUUUUGCGCCCAGUGUCAAUGCCUUGAUAAGAAGUGUCAUAUUGCAAGAACGUACAGGGAACCACAGCUUUGAACAUGAUUCCUUGCGUUUGCAGUAUAAACUCGACAACGAGUUUGAAUUGGUAUUUGUGGUGGCGUAUCAGAAAAUACUACAGUUAUCUUACGUCGACAAGUUCUUGAAUGACAUUCACUUGGAGUUCAGGGAUCGUUUUAAGAAUGAGCUGGAGAGCUCGAGCUGGUUCACCAAUUUUGAGUUUGAACAGGCCUAUCGUUUGGUGCUGGAGCGGGCCGAACAAUGGUCACGCACGCAAGCCAAGAUACCGAAGCAGAUGCGUACUUUCGAUGAGAGUCAAAAGUCCAAGAAGACUGUUGCUAGUAUGAUUGAGAGAAAAGAUGAUAAAGAUGAUAAAAAAUCAGGUAAAAAGAAGAAACCAACCAUUAACUCUAAUGGAGAUUUCCAAACGAAAAUUCAGGAAAUUUCAAAGCAAGAAGUGGUGAAACAGCCAGUAGAACGGAAUGGAGAACUCGACGAGGAAACACUGAUUGCCAAUCGCAUGAAACUCGCUCAAAAAAUGGCAGGACAAAAGAAAAAAGCAGACAAGCAAAAGAGUCCGAAGCCUGAGAAAGCCGGCAAGAAACCACGCAUCUGGGAACUAGGUGGAACAACCAAGGAUCUCGCUACAUUGGAACGCACGAAAGAUAAGCCGGAGGAAAGUGGCGAUUAUGUGGCAGCUGAUACAACUCUAGUUGGACAGAUGAAGGGUAGCAUACGCGAUCUCGAAGUGGACAGCGAGUCCGAGGACAAUUCCGAUCAAGAGAUGGAGCAUUCCAAGCCACAGCAGGCGCAGAAGAAGACAAGCGUGUUCUCCAUGUUUAAAAGCCUGGUCGGUAGCAAGUCUUUGAGACAAGAGGACAUGUUGCCGGUUUUGGAAAAAUUGAAGGAUCACCUGAUCACCAAGAAUGUCGCUGCCGACAUCGCUCAGAAAUUAUGCGAUUCCGUCGGCACGAAACUGGAGGGGAAGGUGCUCGGUACCUUCGACAGUGUAGCAAACACGGUGAAAGCUACUUUGACAGAUGCUCUGGUGCAGAUAUUGUCACCGAAGAGGAGAAUCGAUAUUCUGCGAGACGCUUUUGAAGCGAAAAAAAAUAACAGACCUUACAUCAUGACCUUCUGCGGAGUCAACGGAGUCGGCAAGUCGACGAAUCUGGCAAAGAUCUGCUUCUGGUUGAUAGAGAAUAAUUUCCGUGUGUUGAUUGCCGCGUGCGAUACAUUCAGAGCUGGAGCAGUAGAACAGCUGAGGACGCACAUGCGGCACUUGAACGCCUUACAUCCGCCUGAGAAGCAUGGCAAUCGAUCGAUGGUGCAACUAUACGAGAAGGGUUACGGCAAGGAUGCAGCAGGCAUAGCUAUGGAGGCGAUUCGCUUUGCAAAGGAUUCCAGGAUCGACGUCGUUCUUGUGGAUACCGCUGGUAGGAUGCAGGACAAUGAGCCACUGAUGCGAGCUUUGGCAAAGUUGAUAAAAGUGAACGAACCGGACUUGGUAUUGUUCGUUGGAGAAGCUCUCGUCGGUAAUGAGGCUGUGGAUCAACUGGUGAAAUUCAAUCAGGCCUUGGCCGAUUACAGUCAAUCUGCCAAUCCGCACAUUAUUGAUGGUAUCGUGUUAACGAAAUUCGAUACGAUCGAUGAUAAGGUUGGUGCUGCUAUCACAAUGACGUACAUCACUGGUCAACCUAUUGUUUUUGUUGGAACUGGACAGACGUACAUGGAUCUGAAAUCAUUGAACGCCAAAGCCGUGGUGCACGCUCUGAUGAAAUAAAUAUGCGCCAAAUUGUGCUGUUAUCGUAAACAUGAAGAGAUACUAGGAAAUAGGAGCAGGAAAAUUGGA